AUGGCUUUUUCUCUCCUUUAUGUUCAAAAAUUUUCUCCAAACAAAAGCUCAACUAUUCUGCCUUUCAAGGUAUAUGAACCCAUGCAUGCCUAUUGUAGUUUCCACAAUAAAACCAAAUUUACUCUUUCCUUUAACCAAACUCAUAUUUCUAAAACUGUAAAAGCCAAGGAAGCGCAUGAUAUAAAACAUGCUAAAGCAUUGGAUGAAGUCAAACGUUUAUUUGUUCGCCAAAGUACAGAUGAACGUUUAUCUAUGGUGGACUCAAUCCAAAGAUUAGGCAUUGAAUAUCACUUUGAAGAUCAAAUUGAAGCAACUCUUCAAAGGAAGUAUACGAUGCUCAGAUUUCAUAGAAUCCAAGAACUGUCGCAAGUUGCAUUCCAAUUUCGUAUGUUAAGACAACAAGGAUAUUACAUUCGCCCAGACAUAUUUGAUAUUUUCUGGGACAACAGAGGCAAACUCAAGGAUACAUUUUAUAAGGAUAUAAACGGUUUAAUUGCAUUGUUUGAAGCCUCUCAAUUAAGCAUACAAGGAGAAGAUUAUCUUGAAAGUGCAGGACAGUUCUGCCGCGAGUAUCCUAAUGAGCGGUCUUCGACAUUUCAUAACCAUGCUCAAGUGAAUUUUAUUGCACAAACAUUGAUGUGUCCUAUUCAUAAAACUUUGUCAAGAUUCACACCAACAAUAAUUCAAUCACAAAAUGUAACAUGGACAAAUUCUUUACAACGACUUUCCAAAAUUGACACUCAAAUGGUUUCCUCUCUACAUCUCAAGGAAAUUUUUGCAGUUUCCAAGUGGUGGAAAGACUUAGGAUCGAGCUCACAAAGCCUUUAUCUCUAA